CAAGGAGGAAGAAGGAAAAGUUGGCAUUGCCGGCUGUGCGUUGCGUGGCCGCCGCGCGCUCCCCGACGGGCCGCCGUGUACGACGUCGCGAGCCAGUCCCGCUCGGCGGUUCAGUCCAUAGGUUCAGUCAGACACGGGCCACGCAACGGCGCGCAUCCUUCCUCUUUCUUCGCAGCGACCACCUACACACACCACAACUGCAACCCAACAUACACACACACAUAUAAAACACGCCGUGUGUGCGCUCAUCAUCAUCAGGAUAGUAAAUAGUGGCGCCGGAGAGUCAGAGGCCAUGUGUCGUACCGCCGCGCCGGACCUCCCCCUCUGACGGCGCGCGCGAUCCUGCAGUGCGGCGGCAAGCGGCAAGUUGUCUCGUCCUGCUAUACCCCGACGCGAAGGACUACAUCCACAAUCCGUGCGAGUGCGAGUGGUGUGCGAGCUUCUCCAGCAGCGUACCCCUAAUCCCAUCGUCUCAACCGCCACCAACACGCGCACUGCGGCCAUGGGGCGGUCGUUUACCAGGGGUUACCAUUCAGGCUGACGGUGCAUGCGAAAGGCCGCGGCCAUGGACUGGCUACUCGCGGCUAUUUGGACCACUCUCAUGUGGCUGGCCUCAGCGACCGGCCACGAUCCCGACGUGCUAAACGCGGCGAACAAACACCCCGAACGAUCAAUCGACCUCCUGGGGGCCUUGGGAUUGCACAACACCACAAUGCCGGGGGUCACUAUCAUCCCAGGGCCCCUACCGUACCAGCCUGCCUAUAAACUUCAAGGUGACCACAGAGGUUUGAAGCUACCACCAGCGGCCUUCCAUCAGGUGACCGAAUUGAUCGGUCGCAGUCCCGAGUUCAUGAUCUCGGCGUUCGUCAAGCAGGAGAGCGGCAACACGGCGGCGAUUGUCAGCUUCGCCGACGAUAUCAACCGCUACCUGGAGCUGCAGUCGAGCGGGCGUCGCAAUGAAAUCCGGCUGCAUUAUACGUCACGACGCGACGGCACCGUCAACGUCGAAACGUUUCCUUAUCGGCUGGCGGACGACGUCUGGCAUCACGUCAUCCUGUCGGUGAGCGGGUCGCAGGUCGAGCUGCUCGUCGACUGCCAUCGCCUCUACAAGCGUCUUCUGCAGAACGGCCCGCCGCAACAGAACUUCACCAAACCCGCACAGCUCUGGCUUGGUCAACGCAAUAGGCAUUAUCAAUUCAAGGGCGCGAUGCAGGACGUGCGACUGAUAACCGGACCGCAUGGCUACCUCUCCCUCUGCCCGAGCCUGGACUCCACCUGCCCGACGUGCGGCCAGUUCUCGCUGCUGCAGAACACCGUGCUGGAGCUGACGCGGCAUCUUGAGGAACUUUCCGAAAGGUUGGUCGCUGCCGAGGGGCGCAUCGGCAAGGUGGAGGAGUGCGAUUGUCCCAAGUCCUGCUGGGUGAACAACACGCUGCAUCCGGAUGGGGCCACCUGGGAGCAGGACUGCGACCUGUGUACCUGUGUGCAUGGUGACGUGCAAUGUCGUCCGGUGGAGUGUCCGAUACUCACGUGCAAGAAACCAGUGAAUAAAACAGGCGAAUGCUGUCAAAGUUGCUUACGGCACUGCCUAUUUAGAGGUGUAUUCUAUGAUCACGGCGAUCAGGUCGUUGUUAAACAAUGCUCGCAGUGUACAUGCGAAGAUGGCAGCAUGAUGUGUUUCAAAAUGGACCCGCUGAAGCAAUGUCCCAAGCUGACGUGUCUACCCGACCAGCAGCUCUCGAUGCCUGGCGAGUGCUGCAAGUUUUGCCCAGGGGCAGAUUACUGCGCCAAGGGACACACUUGUCACGCUAAUGCCUCCUGCUUGAAUCUGCAAACGACUUACGCUUGUCAUUGCGAUCAAGGCUUCCAGGGCGACGGACACACUUGCAGUGAUAUCGACGAGUGUCAGCAGGAGGGCGGGCUGGAAGGGCACCACUGUCAUCUGAAUACAAAAUGUGUAAAUACUAAAGGUUCCUAUAUAUGUGAAUGCCUGCCCGGUUAUAGACGGGUGGACAAGUUUAAUUGCGCCGAAUUGGACGAGUGCAGUACGGGUGAACACAACUGUGACCCGAAUGCGGAUUGUAUUAACACGCAGGGUAGUUAUCACUGUGUGUGCCGGCCUGGUUAUACAGGCGAUGGCUACAAGUGUAGACCUGUAUGCACUCAGAGGUGCCUGAAUGGAGGAAUGUGUGUGAAACCGAACGUGUGUUCCUGCCGCCAUGGAUACAUGGGUACCAGUUGCGAACGCGACGUCGAUGAAUGCGCCAGCAACCUUCAUCGCUGCACCAAUUCGUCGGUGUGUGUCAAUAUGAUUGGGUGGUAUUACUGUGCCUGCAAGAAAGGCUACAAGAGCACGUUUAUAGACAAUAUUCUGGGCACUCUGUGUGAUGACGUGAACGAAUGCGCCGAGAAUCUGCACACGUGCCAUCCGUCAGCGACGUGCAGUAAUGACAAAGGCGGCUACAAGUGCGAGUGCGGCGAUGACACGCAUCCGAGUUGCCAUAGUUGUGUAUUCCAGGGCACGGAGGUGGCGAACGGCACGACGCUCGCACCUCCAGGCAGGCCCUGCGAGCGAUGCACUUGCAUCAACGGUGUGAUGCGCUGUGUUGAACCCGCUUGUAAUUGUUCGCUGCCGAGCGCUGCGCGUGAUAAAUGCUGCCCACAGUGCGAUCCGGCUUUGGCGUGCAACCAUCAGGAGUUCCCGCAGGUAGUGCUCAUGCAUGGCGAGAAGUGGUCGUACCAGUGUCAGACGUGUGAAUGCCUCAACGGCGAGGUGGACUGCUGGGACCUAAAGUGUCCACUGCUGCCGUGCGCCAAUCCCAUCCAGGACCCGGGUGACUGUUGCCCGCGGUGCGCUGCCGAGAUAUGCCCGAGUGGUAAUGGCACGCGCACAGGUGAACCCUGUCCGUACAAUGGCGUCAAGUACGAGUCGGGCGCGCAGUUCUCCGACGUGAACGAUCCGUGCUCCGUGUGCAAUUGCCAGGUGCCGUUCUGCGCCCAACUGGUGAGCAAUGUCGCGUGUUGUGUGCAUCGGACGGAGUGCUUUGCUGCAGUUAUAAUCUCGAUUGUGAUGACAAUGCGACGCGUACGGUUGGAUACGACGGCAUGGCGACCGCCGCAGCGCCCACCGCCCCAGACCAGACCCACGCCGAUGACAAUAAUCGCAAACAAUCAAAUCGCGCGGUCGCUGACGCUGCUCGCGGCGGCGGCGGCGGCCGCGACGAGGCGGCGCUGUCGGGCCACAACAAGACUGAAAACGUACGGAACGCCGGCUGAGCGCAGCGCACGCACCACGUCGACGGUCGACGCUGUCGGUCCACAUUCCUGAUAACACCUGAUAAAGCGCCAGCAUCCAUCGAUCCGUAGCCACCACCACCACACACAUACACUCACACAUACACAAUUGUAACAAAACCACCACCACCACACGAUAAUACAAUUCGUAGCGUUUUGAUGUCGAAUUCGGCGCCAGGUUCAAGAUGGCGGCGAUGGUUGUGUGCGGCACGCUACAAUCAAACUAGCAUCUAUCAAACAAAUGGUGGUCGAAAAAUCGAGAUGCACGUACAAAACGGUCGUGAGCUAUCCAUUUCGAGACGUGCUUUGCUAAGGAUUUGCAACAGUCUUCCUAGUUUAUAAAACAAAAACAAAAAACAUGGCCGCGAUUUUGGGAAUGCAGCUAGUGCUACACCUCACUCACUCACCCAAAGCAUUUCACUUGGGGCGGGCUGAAAUAAUGAAUUUCAAGAACAAUAAUAAUUGAAUGCAACAACAACAUGUAGUAUGUGCCUUCCGUACAAAGCAGACGAAAAGCUAAAACAAAACACGUUGAAUUAUUUUAUUCGUUACGUUAUGACUUAAUCAUGCAAAUUGCUAACAAGAAAAUGUCACUAUGAUGUGGAAUACGCACAUACCAUUUGUUGAUGGUACAAUAAUCGUUUAUAAUUAUAAUACUAGUGCGCUAAGUGAAGCUAAACUAAAAACAAAGAAAAGAAAAAAUGACGUUUCCUGGACACGCACGGAACGCGGACGCAUUCUUUAGGCAGAUAUGUAUAAAUGUAAAGGUAACACUAAUUAAUUAAUUACUAUUUAAAUUCUAGUCAACGGGGUCUUUUCUAAAUUAUUUCGGCAGAACGACGAAGGGCACGACGAGGGGCAGUGGGGGACGACGCGAAUGGGAUUUUACACGACAUCGACGCGGAUACAAUUGAUACAAUUGACGAAAGCAUAUCUAGCGAUGUAACAUAUUAAGUUUAAGUUUAAAGCGUAACCAAAUUAAUGAGAAUUCUUAUAAAUAACGAACACACUAGCAUUGAACAGAAUUACAAAAUGGCGGGCAAUCUUGGCGGGUGGGUCGUAGUGUGCGAAGCGGUGGCAGGAUGGCAUGAUCAAAAUGAAAAUUAUUGCAAUAUUAAAAUUGUGAUAUCGUUCAAUGAGACUAAUAAUUAAUAACUUUUUCCAAUUUAUUAAAUACGAAGUAAAAUGAUCUAAAUUUAAGGGAGGCAUAAGUAAAUAUCUUGUAUUAGUUCCUGCGUGCUUAUUACGCGCCUGUUGCAGAAUUGAACUCGAUAACGAACACGUUUUCAAAACAAUAAAUUAUUCUAAUAAAAUAUGGAAAUUGAACGUAUUUAACGCGAGAGCAUAUUGCAUUUUAAACUAACAAGAAAAUAAACGAUACCAAUGUACAUCCAUUCAUAGCAGGCAGUUGGUUAAUUAACGAAUUAAUAUUUAACUAAGGUAAUGAAGAUAUGCAGAUUAUUAUAUGAACAAAUUUAAAGAUACCAAGAAAUAUAGAGAUUCUAUGAAUAACUAAUAAUAAUGUUUAUAACUUUAACGAAUGAAAUUGACAAGAAAAAUAAUAAUUACUAAACGAUGUACUUAGCACAAAUGAACUAUAUUAAAAUACUAUUAUUAGGUAGGCUACAACAAAGGAGACACUAUCAAAUUAAACUAAAUAUAUACAUUUUUGUAUUGGUUGCGCUCGCAAACAUCGGCAGUAAUAUAACUCUUUGAUCAACAAGCUCUUUGUCGACUCUGGAUUCGAUCUCAUUGUUUCGCCUGCAACUUGCGACUCUCAUUCAACGACGAAGCGAUGUUAACUAAAUUCAUAAUUGAUAAGUAGAUUGAUAUAUUAACAAAUCGAAACCAAAAUGGCAGAACGUUGGAAGGCAUGCUGGAUUUACACAAAAAACAUACAACGAAUUCGUACGAUUUGAUUCAAUCUCAUUACUUUGAUAUUGUAUAAAGAUUGCGUUAGGAUGGGAUAUUUUUCGCGCUGGAUGAUAUAUAAUCGACGGCAACUACAACUACGCAUUAUUUAUUGUAUUGCUCAUAAUGGCCGUUUAAGCAAAAAGAAAAAAAACUAGAGAUUUACCUAGUGUGCAGUUAGGACAGACCGGAUUCUCUAUUUUAAAAAUAUUUUUUUUACUCGUGUGUAACGACGUCGAAGAGUUCACCAUUGUAUAUAAGAUUAUUUAGUUAAGUGUACGAACGAUGGAAUUGUAAACGCGCGAGGCUACGAAUCGUUGUGUCAAUAUAUAUAUAAAUGGAAAUGCAAAAUGAUUUUUAAGACGAUGUGAAAAAUCACUAAAUGCACAUUGAUUGUUUGCGGUAUGACAGACGUAGAAAGAGGAGGGCUUUGCAAGCACAGCAACUCAACUUUGGAACACGGACACUCGUUGUGUUUUUGAUUUGAUUUCACCAUUAAUUUAUUGUGUUUGAUAUGAAAUUAGCCCUUUUCUAGAAUGAAGCGUUAGUGAAAAUAACACGAUAUAUGUACUACUAAUAUAUUCAUGAUGUAUUCAUUUUGAUUCGUUCAACUUUUAGGUGUUUGUACAAUCAAAAAAAACUAUUGAAAACCCAAACAAAAAGAAAUGCGCGUGGCGUUUAGAUAUUCAACUAUUGUCUGUUUAAUCAUCCUUUUUUGUACACAGUUUCAAAUACUGAAGGAUUGUAUUUAUUAUUGUAUUAUAUUAUAUGAAAAGAAAAUAAGAACGAAAAUGAAAAUCACUAAUGCAUA